GAAACGGAAGUGUCAGUAACUCCUGCUAGCUGCUGUACUGAGCGCUCCGGGGUUCACUUCUCACUGAACAGCCAGAGUCAGAGGCGGUGCCCGAACAAAGGCCAUCGGAUCAAUGGCUCUGCCUGGUACCCUCAGAUUUGGGGUGCUGCUGGCUCUGCCAGGGGCGUUGGCCUCUGGGGCAGGCUCAGAGGAUGGUACGGGCUCCAGUGUGCUCACCAUCAUCCUGCUGCUCUUGCUCCUACUGCUGCUGGUCACUGGCCUAGCCUUGGCUUGGCGUCGCCUCAGUCGUGCCUCAGGGGGCUACUACCACCCAGCUCGCCUGGGUGCUGCCUUGUGGGGCCACACCUGCCGCCUGCUUUGGGCCAGCCCCGCAGGCCGCUGGCUUCGAGCCCGCACUGAGCUGGGAUCCCCAGAAGAACCAGAGCCACAGGAUGAUGAACAGGAUGCAGAAGAUUUCAUGAUGGAUGGUGGUCCUGAGGAAGCUGAUGCCAAGGAAGAGGAGCAGCAGUGCCCAGCAGAACAGACCCCAGAUGCACAAGACACAGACAGUGAGGGGGGCCUGGGCCUCAGCUCUCAGGGUCCUGUGGGCUCAGGCAGCAGCGCAGAGGCCCUUCUGAGUGACCUGCACGCUUUUUCAGGCAGUGCUGCCUGGGAUGACAGCGCUGGAAAAGCAGGGGCCCAGGGCCUCCGCAUCACUGCACUGUAGGAGCCAGCUUGUUGCCCUGUUCCUGCCCCAGUUCUGACUCUCUUCCCAUGUUGUCAUGGUGAAACACAAACUGCCCUGGACCUUCGUCACCCCACCCUCACAGGAGCUCCUUAGACUGACACCCCCACCAGUUCCCCAGAGUGUGUGCCUCCCAGACAGGCUCUGGGCAGACACUGAAAAUAAAACUUUGUAAGCACCGA